AUGCGCGAGGCUGCAGAGCGGAGGCAGCAGCUAGAGUUGGAGCAUGAGCAGGCCUUGGCUGUACUCAAUGCAAAGCAGCAGGAGAUUGAAGUUCUUCAGAAGGCUCAGGUUGAGGCAAAAAAGGAACAUGAAGGCGCUGUCCAUCUGUUAGAGGCCAAAGUCCGCGAGCUGGAGGAAAAAUGUCGGUCUCAGAGUGAGCAGUUCAAUCUCCUCUCAAAAGAGCUGGAGAAGUUCCGGAUCCAGGCUGGGAAGCUUGAUAUCCUCGGCACUGAAUCCUUAACUGUUUGUGAAUCCCCUGGGUCGCCCAACAAAUCCCUCUCACAGCUCCUAAAUGGACUGGCUGCCCCCGUAGGAAAAGGCAAUGAGGCUCCAACAAGCAGAUCUUUGAUAUCGGAGUUCAUUCGUCCGCUCCAGAUCAGUGGAGACAAGCCAGAGCUCCUUUCUGUCAAGCCAACAUUCCUCACUCGCGGUCGAGCUAGCAGCCCAAUGGACAAAGAGCUCAGCUCAACUACCAGGUCCAAACCGAGAUUCACAGGGAAGGUUCGUCUGUGUAUUGCUCGGUACAGUUACAAUCCUUAUGACGGGCCUAAUGAGCAUCCUGAGGCAGAGCUCCCCCUGGUGGCAGGGAAGUAUCUCUACGUUUACGGGACAAUGGAUGAAGACGGCUUUUAUGAAGGAGAGCUGCUGGACGGACAACGGGGACUCGUCCCAUCCAAUUUUGUGGAAUUUGUCCAAGAUGAAGAGACAUCCUCUGUCCAACACAGGGACACAGUGGCUAAAGAACCUGGCUACCUCAACCACAGUAGCCUGGGCCUGCUGUCUGACAGUAAACUAGACUGUAUAAGCACCAGCAGCUUGGGCAUAGACCUCCUGGGCUCCUCAAGCAACGGGACAGGAACCCUGGAUGUCAGCACGGACGAGGUCGGUGAAGACAUUGUGCCUUAUCCCCGCCGCAUCAACCUGAUUAAACAACUGGCGAAGAGUGUCAUCAUUGGCUGGGAUCCUCCCGUGGUCCCACCGGGGUGGGGCUCCAUCAGUGGCUACAAUGUCAUGGUGGAUAAGGAGUUUCGCAUGAGUGUCCCCUACGGGGGCAGGACAAAGACUCUUCUUGAAAAGCUCAAUCUGGCCACACACACCUACCGAAUCUCAGUGCAGAGCAUCACUGACCGGGGCCCCUCGGACGAGCUCCGGUGCACUCUGCUGGUGGGAAAGGAUGUGGUGGUGGCACCUUACUACCUGCGGGUGGACAGCAUCACACAGGUCUCGGCUGAGCUCUCUUGGAUGCCCAGCAACAGCAACUACAGUCACACCAUAUUCCUCAAUGGUGCCGAGUACGAUAUGGUCAAGCCUGGGGGCUAUAAGUACAAGUUCUUCAACCUGAAGCCCAUGACAGUUUACAAGGUGAAGGUUGUGGCACAGCCACAUCAGGUGCCUUGGCAACUUCCGAUGGAUCAAAGGGAGAAAAGGGAAAUCUCUGUGGAGUUCUGCACUCAGCCUGCAGGGCCCCCUCUCGCUCCGCAGGAGGUGCAGGUCCAGUGUGGUCAGACGCCGGGGAUCCUGCAGAUCAGAUGGAAGCCGCCCCCUCUGACUUCUUCAGGAACCUCCAACGGGGCCAGUGUGAUUGGCUAUGCCGUGUGCACAAAGGGACAAAAGAUAGCAGAGGUCUUAUACCCCACAGCAGACUAUGUGACCGUGGAGUUAAACAGGAUUCAGUGUCUGGAGGCCAGGGAAAUCAUUGUAAGGACGUUAUCAACACAAGGAGAGUCCCCGGACUCGCCCGUGGCCAUCAUCCCGAACAAGCCGGUCUGCCAACCCCCUCCUCAUCCACAGUCUCAUUUCCAGAGCCACCCAAUGCCCAAGUCCAAACCCUUAGUAAGUGCCAGAGAGCCAGAAACCAAAGAGCAUGAGGUGGGACUUCGGACAGCCCAGCUCUGGGAGCGCUCCCCCUCUCCGCUUCCUCCCAUGCGUGGACCCAACCUGGAGCCGCCGCACUUCCAGCCACGGCGAUCGCCCUCUCCUCAGAGGAUCCUGCCACAGCCUCAGGGAGUCCCCAUCACAAACACCAUUGCCAAGGCCAUGGCCAGGGAAGCUGCCCAGAGAGUGUUUGCCGAGGGUAACCGGGUUGAGAAAAGGAAUAUCUUUAGUGAGAGAGGUAACGCCUUGCAUCCACUCAACUCCGACGAGGAGGAGGACGGCUACGACUCUCCUCAUGCGAGGAGGAGAGGAGCCUCGGUGGAUGAAUUCCUCAGAGGCUCAGAGUUGGGCAGACAGCAACACCAUCACCACUACAGCCACAGUGAGGAGUACCAGACGGAGAGCAGCCGGGGUUCGGACCUGUCCGACAUAAUGGAGGAGGACGAGGAAGAUCUUUACUCUGAGAUGCAACUGGAGGAGGGCCGUAGGCGCAGCAUCAACUCUCACAACACUCUAAAGAUCAUUGGGAACUCACAGUCUUAUGGAAAUGCCGAUCGUCUGGACCAUUCGGGGAGGAGGCCGGUUCACAUCGGCAACCCUCCUCAGCAGCGGCCCAUCCCAUCCAUUGAGAUCACCAUGGACAGUAACAGUGAGGGGAGUGAGGGGAACCUCUCACCCGUCAAGGAGGAUGUUUACUAUGGCAGUGUAGCUCGGCGCAGGAUAUGGCGAUCUAUGUCCUCAGAUGAUCAAUAUGACGGCUUUGGCGGUCGCAGGCGGGGGCGGCGCUCCGAGGAUUACUACGAGGAAUCGGAGACGGAGGAGAUGACCCGCGUGUUCGUGGCUCUGUUUGACUACGACCCCAUGUCCAUGUCUCCAAACCCUGAUGCUGCUGACGAGGAGCUGCCAUUCAAGGAGGGCCAGAUCAUCAAGGUCUUUGGGCAUAAAGACACAGAUGGCUUCUACAGGGCGGAGGUCCGAGACCGAGUGGGUCUGAUCCCCUGUAACAUGGUCUCUGAGAUCCAAACUGAGGAUGACGAUAUGAUGGACCAGCUGCUCAAACAGGGCUUCCUGCCACUCAACACUCCUGUGGAGAAGUUAGAGAGGAACAGACGGAGCGGCCGUCAACAUCCGAUGUCAACGCGGAGAAUGGUGGCUCUGUACGACUAUGACCCCCGAGAGAGCUCCCCUAACGUUGAUGUAGAGGCUGAACUGACUUUCUGUGCCGGUGAUGUCAUCACAGUUUUUGGUGAAAUAGAUGAAGAUGGUUUUUAUUAUGGCGAGCUCAAUGGACACAAAGGACUUGUUCCUUCCAACUUUCUAGAAGAAGUGCCUGAUGAUGUAGAGGUUUUUCUCACUGACUCACCAUCUCGAUACCCCCAGGACACUCCUGCACGGAUAAAGACCAAAAGGGUUCCAUUGGAAAAAUCGGGUCCGCCCAGAAGAGCAGGCUCUCCAACAGUGCGUCCACACAUCCCUGGCUCUGGCCCCGCCACCGUGGGGCCCAGCAGUCCCAUCAGGGCCCCACUGGACAUGUACUCCUCCAAAAAGAAAAAGGGACUGCUCUCCAAAGGGAAGACACUAUUGCAAAGACUUGGCGCUGUAAAAUAA